AUGCUUUAUACUCUCCCACGUCUUGUCCUCUCCGCUCUCCUUCUAGGCUCUGCCAUCAAUGGCGCCGCAAUCCCAGACCCAGAAGCAUACAAUGGCUCUCAAUUAGAAGAACGCACCGCCUGCAAUGCCGACAAUUUGCUUCGUCUCAUUCGGGGCCAAGAAAACCUAGCGCAAGGGCUGGAGUUUUGCAGCAGUUGGCUUGGAAAGGUUCACACGACAGUCACCGUUGUAGGAAAGACCAUUACACCCACCAUCACAACAACUGAAGUAUCAACUUCCACUUCAACCCACCUCCUCACAGAGACAGCCACGAUUACAAAUACCGACUACUCAACCAUCACGAACACAAAAACGGUCAUCGUAACGCGACUGCAGACAGUCCUUGUUUGGAACAAGGUUAAGCGCACAUGUAAAACGAAAAAACCAUUAUCAGAACAAAUUUUGUCGAGCACCUACCCUCCCUCGCGAAUUUCUAGCGCCUGCAACUGCCUCACGAUAGAACCGGGGACUACAAGCACAGUUUAUUUGACCCAGACUGCAGCACCAGUCACCUCCUCAGUCAUCAUUCCCUCCGUCACGGAAACCUCGUUUACAAUCACAGACACUGUGGCGGUCACAACUACUUUGACACAGACCGACUCCGCGACCACGUCGAAGACAACAGUUUCAUGGGUUUACAUUACAAUUUAA